AUGGGUCGAGGAACUAGGCUGUCUGGAAAGGACCUGACAAUCCUGCUGGCAUUCUUUCCAGGGGAUGCACUCCUAAAAAAAUUACUCAAUUCUCAAUGGUGGCUUGGCCCUCAAUGGCUAUAUGCUUCUCCUGAUAAAUGGCCAGCAGAACGCCCAUCACCUGAUCCAGAAGAGCUUAAGGAAGAACUUCGUAAAUCUGUCGUCACUGCUAGUUCUGUUGAGCCAAUAUCAAUCGCUCAAAUGUUAGGAAAUAGAUUUUCCAAGUAUACUAAGAUAGUAAGAACUGUAGCGUGGAUCUUGAGAAUGUCUCCCAAGAAUAAAUUGAACUUGGGAAAUAACAUCAGUUCUGAAGAAUUCUUGAAUGCAGAAAAGAUUGUAUUUAAAUUGAUUCAAAGAGAGAGCUUUCCUGAAGGUCUAAAAUCUCAAGAGCUAAGUGGUGUACAAAAAUUCGUGGAUGAAGAUGGCGUCAUAAGAAUGAAAACCAGAGUAUCAGAUCGGGAGGAAGGUGUUGAAUACCAGUACCCUGCCAUUCUACCUAGCAAACACCCUGCUGUUGAGAAAAUGAUCAGGCAGUACCAUUUACAGAAUAAACAUGCAGGAGUACAAGCAUUGAUUGUCAUCCUUCGUGACAGAGUGUGGAUCCUGAAAGGCAGAAGGGCUGUUGGAAAGGUAGUUCACAUCUGUGUUCGAUGCAAGCGACACAUAGCAAAAGCCUUAGAGAUGCCAUCACCUCCCUUACCCACAGACCGCACUCAGAUUUCUUCAUGUUUUCAAGCAUGUGGGAUUGACUUGGCUGGUCCAUUGAUCACUAGAGAUAAUCAGAAGUGUUGGGUGGUAAUAUUUACAUGUGCCGUGUAUCGUGCAGUCCACUUAGAAGUCAUCCAAUCCCUCAACACAGAAGCCUUCAUAAGAGCCUUACGACGGUUUAUAGCUAGACGAGGCCGGAUAAGUGUUAUCUAUUCAGAUAAUGGCACGAAUUUUGUUAGUUUAAACAAGAAUCUAAAGUCUCUGAACUGGACUGAAAUCCAAAAUACAUUCAGCCUCAAUGCUAUUGUGUGGAAGUUCAUUCCCCCUGCAAGUCCUUGGAACAAGUGGUUUACUAUUCUUACUCCACGAGGACCUACGUCGAUUUCUAUUGACCGACUCAAACCGGCAUUCCUCCUUCAAGAUGCUAUGAGCGAUACGACCAUUAACGUAAGAAAAAAUGACAUGCAACCUAGAGAAACUCAAGUAGACAAGACCAAAGAAAGAAAUUAA